AUGGAGCGGCGUGUCCCCCUCCACGCGCUGCCCGAGGGGAUCCGGAAGAUGUCCCGGGAUGAGACAGUGUGCAAAUACUGUGGAGUCAGCUACUUGAUUCUUCAUGAGUUUAAGGUGAUGGAAGAAAAAGUAAAAGCAAUGGAAAAGGAGCUUAAAUUUUAUGAAGGAAGCAUAGAACGGGAAAAAGGACUUCAAGCAGAGUUGCAGUCUCUUUACCAAGACCUGGAACACUAUCGAGCUGACAGUGAAUCCAAAACAGAAAGAAUAAAAAACCUAACAGUGGAGCUGAAGAACAGGCAGGAUGAAUUAAAAAAUAUGAAAGAGGAUUUGCGGUAUUUUCAAGAGGAGAAGGAAGCUGCCUCCAAGCAAUCCCAAGUGCUCAGAAGUGAACUAGAUGGCAUUAAGGAAGUCAUCUCCAGUAAUCUAGAGAGCUGGGCUGCCCUGAAAGAAGAAAUUCUGCUACAAAUAAAAACAGUUAGCAAAGAAGCUUUGACAGAAAUACCCAAAUUGAAUCAAAGACUGGCAAAAUCCCAGCGUGAGAACGAGUGUCUCCAGGAGAAGGUGAAGCACCUGUCACUGGUGGCUGACACGGUGGAGCUGAAAACUCAGCAGCUUCAAACUUCUCUCCAGCAAGGGAAUGAGCUACAAAGCAGGUGCCGUGAGCUGCAGAAGGAAACGUUGGAUUUAACAAAUCAAGUUGAGACAAUUGGACUGAAGCUGCAGAAGGUAACAGCUGAGAUGGACCACUACAAGAAGCUGCUAAUGGUGAAAUCGGCGGAACUUGACGUCUGUCAAAAUGAGCUGAAAAAAAUGAAGUAUGACAAUGGAAUUUCUGAGUCAAGGCUUACGAAAGAGCUGAAGGAAAAGGAGGAAUCUCUUCAGAUUUGCCAACAAGUCUGCAAACAUUUACAGGAAGAAGUGGCUGAGAAAGAAAGGAAAGAAGAAGAUCUGAAAAGAAGAAUGGGGCGAUCAGAAAGUGAACUGGAAGCCCUUAAAGCUGUUCUCCAGCAGACUGAGGAGGAGGUGGUGGUGCUGAAGCAAGAAAGGGAGUUAAUGCUGAUUUCUCAUCAGAACAGAACGGAGCAGCUGCAGGAAACCUUAAGGCAGAAGAUGCGGGAUGAAGAUAGCUGGAGGGAGAAGAUGGAAAUUGACCUGGCUAAAGGUGAAGCACGACACAAAGAAGCGAUUCUGAAAGUCAAGGAGGAGGCCAGAGUGGAACUAGACAUGGAGAGACAAAAGCAGCAGGAACUAAUCACCAAGUAUCAGCGAGAUCAUGAAGAGCUCCAGAAGAAGAUACCAGGGUUAAUAUCCAGUGCCACCAACAGUCUAAGGAUGGAGGCAGAAAUGCUGGAAAAGAAGCUACAAGAUGCUCAGCUGAAGCUUGCAGAGAAAGAUGAAGAGAAGGAAAAAGAAAUUCAGAACCUUAAAAGACUAAUUACAGAGCUUGAAUUUCAGCUGACAAUGGAAAAGAACAAUAAUGAAUCAUUUCUGGAUAAUAUGAGGAAAGAAAUUAAACGCAAGUCAGAUGAACUGGAAAAAUUAACCCAGGAGAGGACACAGCUGAUUCACAAUUUGAGUCAAGUUCAAAAGGAGAACGGGCUCCUGCAGGAGACGGUGCGCAGGGAGUGCGAGGAGCGCUGCCAGCUGACCGCGGCCCUGGCCCGGGCGCGGGACCAAGUGCUGGAACUCAAGAAGCUGAGCGGAAACUUCCCCUUCUCCUCCUGCUCCCUGGCUCGGGGCAGCUUCACCUCCCCGGCCGCCCUGCUCACCCGGCCCAGGAGCCGCCCGAUCCCCGGCCGGGAGCUCCAUCUGCCCGGCCCGCUGGGGAUGCCAGGAGCGGGCAAGGUGGACACUGUCAAAGGAGUCACGGUGUGA